AUGGCCCCUUCAGACGAAUAUUAUGACGAGCUGGGAUAUGGCCCAGUGUACGGCUCCGUGCCAUUCAUUCAAGCUUCACCGCAGUACUUUCGGCCAGAGCAGUACCUACAGUACAUGCAGCAGGCUCCUCCACCUCCUGUAGGAUUUCCGCAGCCAAGCCAGCCGGCCGAAAUGCCCGUCAUCCCCAAUAUACCCUUUCCAGCGGCACAGAAUGUCAUACCUAACGCCGUUCCCGGCAUUUCACAGCGGCAAUUCUUCCAACAAAAUGUGGCAGAGCCUAUGCAUGAACCAGUGAUACCUACCAUCGGUCGCCGACAGAAUUCCUUAGGCCUAAACAUGUCGCAGAUACCUCAACAGGCUACGAUGCCUGAGCCUUUUUCCUUUCCUGAGCCGCAGAUACCCAGCGACGCUCCCCCUUCUCAUCCUCCACAAGGUCCCGGCUCAGCCACCGGCUCACAUGGCUUUCGUGAUGUGCCAACGUAUCGUGCCCCGUCUCCUCUACGGAACCCUCUUCCCGCUCCUCCGAAGGAUCUGUUUGAACUAUCCCCUUACAUGGCCAUCCUGGAGGAUCUCCGUCGCCCAAUCGACGAAUCCACCCUUAAACGAUCCUUCACGCUUCCAGCGAGACAGCCUCAGACCGCUAACAUGGAGGCCGGGCCAAGUGUCCCUACCGAUACAAUAAUUAGUAGCGGUACCCGUGGAAGACACCGUCGCAGAGGGAGUCUAUUCAGUGCUUUCGGAUCGCGACGACGACGCCACGAGGAUGACGAUAAUCGAGUUCCUAUAAUCCAGCCGGCUGAAGGGGCAGCGUAUGCCUCUAAUCCACCCGUACCGCAGAUCGUGCAAAUCGUUUCGAGUACGGGUACACCGCGUCCCAUGCGGAUGCCCGCUAAUCCUGUCACGACAAUUUCUGUGCCUACGCCUGGACCGUCGAGCAGUGCUCAUCGCGUACGCACACCUGCGCCGUUGCAUGCUACUAUCAAGAUUCAUCGUGGAAAUGACUUUGCAUCGCUUCUUCACGACUCACCACAUCCAGUACACUAUGAGCAUAAAUCGUAUCCGACCGCUCUCCACUUGUUCGAGGCGAUGAAGUUUAUGGGGCAUAAACCAGAUAUCGCGGAGCGUAUUCGUGCGUGCCCGACUGUUGAGGAAGCGCGUGCAGUCUCCGAGAGCGCUAGUUCGGAAGUGCGACCAGAUUGGGAGCGCGUCGUCCUGGAAAACUUGGAUGAAGUGCUGUAUCACAAGUUCAUCCAGCAUCCAGCUCUUCGUGCAUUGCUGAUGGGUACGGGAACGACAAGCUUACUGGUUUCGGACAGUCAAGAUUCAUUCUUUGGAGAUGGCCCGAUAGGACAAGGCGCAAAUCAACUUGGCAAAGCACUCAUGCGCGUCCGCGAGAGGUUGCGGGAGGAAGGCGUCAGCACGUAG